AUGAAGUGUCUGUCCACGAAUUGUGCGGUCCAGAACGUCGGCUGUGCGUCACCGACAGGGGUUCCCGCGAGGUCCCAGCCUGGCUCGAAGAUACUGUUAGGAACUCGCGUGGCUGCAGUUUUUGUGACCCCCAAGAUGCAGGAACCAGGAGGACAAAGAGCAGGAGUGAGAAGAGAAGAUGAUGUUGUCCACACAGCCCAUUGUUGUGUCUGCACACAGUACAAUGUGAGCUGCUCUGCCGUGUACGACCUGGACCCGGUGGAGCUGGAGAGUUCACUGGUGAUCAGAAGGAAGAAGGACACGAAGGACCCAGAUGAGACGCUGCGCAACCUCACGGCCGACUACUCGCACUUCCUUCAGGUCAGAGGCUACGAAGACGUGUGCGCCACCGAGAAGGAGAGACACUUCCACCUGGCGUACUCGCUGGUGGUGCACAAGUAUGCCUGGAUGGUGGAGCGGCUGAUCAGGGCGCUGUACUCGCCGAGUAACGUCUUCUGCAUUGACUACGACCAAAAGUCCCCCGCUGUGUUUAGGUCGGCAAUGGAAGGCUUAGCUCGCUGCUUGCCCAACGUCUUCAUCGCCUCCAAGCGCGAGUACGUCAUUUACGCCGGCUUCACUCGCCUGAAAGCCGACAUCAACUGCCUGUCCGACCUCCUGGAAGUGGACGUCCCCUGGAAGUACGUCAUCAACCUCUGUGGGCAGGACUUCUCCUUGAAGACCAACAUGGAGCUGGUGUCGGAGUUGGCCGGCCUGAACAGCACCAACAUGCUGGACACGUUCCGACCCAACAAGCGCAAGAAGCAGAGGUUCUCCUUGCACUACGAGCAGAAGGACUGGAUGUCGCCAAAGAGAACGAACCUGGCCAAGAGCGCCCCGCCUCACGGCAUCGAGAUGUUUACUGGCAGCGCCUACUUCGUGCUCUCGCGCGAGUACGUCAUUUACGCCGGCUUCACUCGCCUGGAAGCAGACAUCAACUGCCUGUCCGACCUCCUGGAGGUGGACGUCCCCUGGAAGUACGUCAUCAACCUCUGUGGGCAGGACUCCCCCCUGAAGACCAACAUGGAGCUGGUGUCGGAGUUGGCCGGCCUGAACGGCGCCAACAUGCUGGACACGUACCGACCCAACAAGUCCAAGAAGCAGAGGUUCUCCUUGCACUACGAGCAGAAGGACUGGAUAUGUUUACUGGCAGCUCCUACUUCGUGCUCUCACGUGAUCAGAAGGAAGGACACGAAGGACCCGGAUGAGACGCUGCGCAACCUCACGGCCGACUGCUCGCAUUUCCUUCAGGUCAGAGGCUACGAAGACGUGUGCGCCACCGAGAAGGAGAGACACUUCCACCUGGCGUACUCGCUGGUGGUGCACAAGUAUGCCUGGAUGGUGGAGCGGCUGAUCAGGGCGCUGUACUCGCCGAGUAACGUCUUCUGCAUUCACUACGACCAAAAGUCCACCGCUGUGUUUAGGUCGGCGAUGGAAGGCAUAGCUCGCUGUUUGCCCAACGUCUUCAUCGCCUCCAAGCGCGAGUACGUCAUUUACGCCGGCUUCACUCACCUGAAAGCAGACAUCAACUGCCUGUCCGACCUCCUGGAGGUGGACGUCCCCUGGAAGUACGUCAUCAACCUCUGUGGGCAGGACUCCCCCCUGAAGACCAACAUGGAGCUGGUGUCGGAGUUGGCCGGCCUGAACGGCGCCAACAUGCUGGACACGUUCCGACCCAACAAGCGCAAGAAGCAGAGGUUCUCCUUGCACUUCGAGCAGAAGGACUGGAUGUCGCCAAAGAGAACGAACCUGGCCAAGAGCGCCCCGCCUCACGGCAUCGAGAUGUUUACUGGCAGCGCCUACUUCGUGCUCUCACGUGAUCAGAAGGAAGGACACGAAGGACCCGGAUGA